CGAACCUCAUAAGAACAUGGCAAUUUGCAGCUCCUCCUCCGUCGAGAGAAAACGCGAUUUCAGAAACAUUAAGACAUUGGCUACCGAGAAGCACCGCCUACCCCCCUGAUGAAUACCUUGCAAAGGAAUCGUUCAUGCAACCUUUUCAACACAAUUUCCAUCGCCUACAAAAGGAGUGACAAAUUCAUGACCUAUCACAACUAUCAAAAUGGCCUACCGGAUGACACCCCACUCUCCAGGGGCUGAGCCAGCACCCUACACGACAACGCAGACGCAGCCCACUCUCAUGGAACUCCUCGAUGCCUAUCAAGGCCCUUCCAGGGACCUCCUGGAAGGAGUUCUUCCUGCAACCCCUGACUACUCAGGUCCACAGGAUAACGUCUCCCUUCACCUCAACAUCGCUGCUCAUUCUCGUCUUCUUGUGGACGCUCUCCGGCGGGAUGACGAUCACCAAUGUUUGGAUUAUGGAAUGGUGAAUCCGAACGAGGCUGCUGUACCAUUCUUCUCAAGCAGAGAUGACACUCACUUCAAUAGCAUCGAGGAACUGGCGAACCUCAGCUUGCAAGACGUGGAAAGCAUUUUGCAAUUCAGCGAAGGUCAUUUCUCCUUCGAGUCGCACUCGACAGACACAUCAGCUUCUAUAAGUGAAGACUCACAGGACAGAUAUACCAAUCCAUGUUCCACUCAAAAUAUAUCACCUCAUCAACCUAUGGGAAGUCCAAAUCAACACACCACGGAACAAGUUCAUUACGCGAGUCCUUCCUUUGCAUCCACAGCGAACUACUUUCCAAAUCAAAACCUUCUGGAAUCUUAUAGUUAUUCAACUCCAACAACUUUCCCUCAUCCCCAAAAUCACUCGAAUGGAGAUGACCUGUUCCCUGAGACUGCUCAUCAACUGGCCACAACUGACACAAGAUUGUUGCCAUCAAAUGAUCUUCUCCAAGAGACGGUGUUUUCCAGCAAUUCCCUGGAUUACUUGCAACAACAGAGUCCUCGUCAUUUUUACGAGUCUUCUCGUGAGGUUGAACUCUCAUCGGUCGUUGUUCCAGUGAAUUCCAACUCCUCUAACACUGUCCAUUCGAGGAAGGGCUACACGCAUCGACACCAAAGGGUCUAUGGUCUUUCGGAAGAAGACCAAAUGAAGAGAAACAAAGAAUUGAACAACGAAGCUUCUCAGCUUUAUCGUCAGAGGAAAAGCACCAAAAUAAAGCAACUGCAGGCACAAGAAAAACAAGAGCAGGAGAGAAAGAAAGAACUCGUGAAGAAAUAUCAGAAGCUUUGCAGGCAAAUUGAGCUUUAUAAGAGAUCUCUGAAUACCAUAGAUGACUCGUCAACACUCACUGAGCGCUUGACAUUCUAGAAUGGUAAUGAAAUUUACCUUCUUAAAUUCCGUCAAUACGAAACUUGUAUAAAAUUUGAGCAGAUUUCCUGAGAGAGAGAGAGAGAGAGAGAGAGAGAGAGAGAGAGAGAGAGAGAGAGAGAGAGAGAGAGAGAGGAAAUAUACGAAAUAUUUAAUAUUUUCGCCAUAAUUUAAAAAAUAAAAAAAAUAAACUGACAUAAAAGGAAUAUUUUAUACAAAAUAUAGGAUAACAACCAAUAAAAUUAAAUUAUGCAUUGAUUUUGGUAAAUGCGACCUGGUGAUGUUGGCAAGCAUUUCUUAAAUGCAUUUCCAAAUGUGAUAUAAUUUCGAAAUUUAUCAAACUAACAUU